AUAUUUGUAUUUAUUUGUAAUUUAAACAAGAAUCCCCUGAACUGUGCACAACUCACUUAGUGCACACAAAAAAAUUCAAAACAGUUAAAUUAAAUUUGCAUAUUCGCAGCUACUUGUUGCACUCCGCCUCGUUGAAUAUUCAAAUCUUAAAAAAUCCAAAAGUUGCAUCAGCACAGUACUUGCACUUGUCACGUUUAAUAGCCACGUUCUGAUACCGGUUUACUAGUGUAAAUAAGAGUAGUAUACAAAGAAUUAUAGAUUAUUAAUAUUACCAGAGCAAUGCUAAUUAAACAAUGCGCCGCUUCUAGCGCUAAUCAAAUUACAAACAAACCUCAAUGAAAAAAACAGAGAAAAUUCUGAUAAAUUACUACUUGCAGCAUCAGCGUUGGAAAAAGUCUAUUGGAAAUCUAGUAGCUGCAACCAAAAACCACAAAAUGGCAAUCACAACCUACGCCUAUGCCAUGUGCCUUGUUUUGGCCGCCAAUUUGUUAUCAGUGAAUGCCAUUCGGUGCCAUCAGUGCAACUCGCACGACAACGAGGAUUGCGGUGGCCUGGUGGUGAACACUCCUCGUGCCCAGCGGGACAACCAGUACCUGACGGACUGCGUCCCGCCCAGCGGCGAAGUGGCCUUCUGCCGCAAGACGGUGAUCAAUUUCGAGCAGAAUAACGAGCGGAGGAUCGAGCGGAGCUGUGGGUUCAUUCCGGAGAAGAUCCAAAACGCGUGCUUCACCGCCGACAACGAGGGCUACAAGCAGAUCAUCUGCACCUGCCCCGACGAGGGAUGCAAUGGAGCCAGCUCCCUGUUGAGUGUCCGCCAGUUGGGCUACAGUCUGGUUGGAUCUGUGGUCAGUCUGGCACUGGCUAGUAUGCUCAGGCAUUAGGUCAUCGAUUAGCUCACCUUCAGCUCCUGCAUUCUGCAUCCUGCAUCCUGUUUCCUGCAUCCAAAACGUACCUUAUCCUAACUGGUUAAGCUAAGUCUUAAAUAUUUUGCACUAAGUUCUAUGGCAGCUAUUUCGCGUUUAGUCUUGUAUUCUGUAUUUGUAUUUAAUUACU